AUGAAUAUCGCUCGCCAGAUAUGUGUCGCACAUCACAGUAGUGUCGGAAGACUCCUGCACAGAAAAUUUCGUAUUUCGUCGGUAAAGUAUGAUUCCACACAAACCUCGCAGCCUCAAGUACAGGAGGAAAAGUUUGACUUUGAAGACCUUAACGUUGUAGAACGUAUAGAGCGACGAAAACCUAAAAUACAGCCUUUUAUGAAGGAUGUUUUCGUAUCAAUUUUCAACCGGGAGUUACUUGCCUAUCCAGAAAUUUUGAAUAAAGACGAGAUGCAAGCGCUCGAUAUGAGAGUCGAGGCCUUGGAUAGAGUUUUCUCAAAUCCGCAAAAAACACCAGAAGAGCGCAGAAAAGCGUUGAUAGCUGCUAAGAUGUUUGCAGCACCUGUUAGCAUUACUCGCAAUGGAUUGGCUAUGAAUUGUACUGAGAGUCUAAGGUAUCUAGAAGUUAUAGCAUCAGAUUUUGAAUUGGGGCAAGAGAUCAGCGACCACUGGGUGGGGCUGGACGCUUUAAGUGUGGGUCUCACUCAGGAGCAGUACAAUGGCAUCAUAGACGACCUCACAUCUGGGAACAACACUAUAGCAUUAUGUAUUAAAGAGAAGGUAGCUGAAAGAAUAUCACAAGCUGAUUUUAGGACUACAGCGGAGUUAGAUGGGCAAGGCGUAUGGAGAGUCACCGGGGAAAAGAUCUGUGAUCGUAAAGAUGGCUACAAACUAGUUCUCUGUGCGGUGGAUGGAUCAAAGAUCAAAGCACUCCUAGUACAUCCCAACUCAUCCGGUGUUACUAUUGAAGGACCUUUCACAACUUUCAUGAAAACACCUGCAACCCCCAUAGAGUUGGCAUCGGAUAACCAGCUGGCACAGAUCCUGAGCCUGUCUCGUCUCCACGCGGCCGUGCUGUGUCGUAGCCGUCUCAAGAGGGCCAUACACAGCGUGGUGGAGUAUGUGCGCCCUAGAGCUUUCGCUGGUAAGCCGCUGUCGGAGUUGUCCUCGAUCCGCGCUAUAAUAGGCGAAGCGUUAUUGGACAUUUACGCGUGCGAGAGCGCCGAGUACUUCACGGCGGGACUCCUCGACGGGUACAUGGAGCCAGAUAUUGAACUUGAAAUCGCUAUGUGCAGGAACUUCAUGGCGAAACACGGGCUCAGUAAGAUGAUGCAGCUACUAGCCAUACCGGCGCUUGAUAAGGAGGAAGAGUGCAAACACUUACUGGACGACAUGAGGCAUCUCGCGACGCGCGGCGAGUCGCUCGACAGCAUCAACUCAUACAUCGCGCUCAAUGGUAUCCACCACGCCGGAAAAUUAAUGGCUGAUGAAAUAAAAAAAAUAAGAAAUCCGCUUAUGAAUCCAUCGUUUAUAUUCAAGAAAGUUAUGGCUAACAGAAAACAGGAGAAAGACGACCCUAAACUGGACCUGUAUCUAGCGGAACACCUGCACCCGUCGCUGAAGCAGCCCUCUGAACAGCUGGAGUACUGCGUGCUGCGCAUGCGCUACGCGUGCGAGACGCUCAUGUCCCGGCAUGGCGUCGAAGUGGCCACUGCUUACACAGAACUGAGCAGAUUAGCAGAAGCGGCAACGGAAAUUUUGAUGAUGACUGCAGUUCUGUCGAGAGCUUCCAGGUCCUAUUGCAUCGGAGUAAGGAAUGCGGAGAUGGAAAUGAAACUCGCAGCUUGCUUUGUGGAGAAGACAAAAAACAGAGUGAAAAAGCUGAUCCUAGACAUAGACGACGGAGAAUUCCUAAAUUUAGACCAUUUUAAAGUGCAGUUCGGUAAGAAAGUUUUAGAUACCAACUCUUUGGUUGUUGAAAGACCGACUGCGAGAGUGUUUUGGUAGAAAGGUAGCAGUGUAUAGAUAUUGUCAAGGAAUAAGUAGACCCUAAAUAAUGUUUCAAUGGGUUGUCAAAAACAAAAUAAUACUGAAAAUAUAGGUGCGAUUAUUUUUUUGUUGAUAUUUGACUAAAAUUGCAUUUAGCUCAUGCAUUAAAUACCAUAUUUAUUUAUUCAAAUGGUAGAUAAUUAAUUUUCUGGGAUUUGUUUACACUACCAAUGGAACACUCUGUAUAAAAUGUUACAAAAUGAAUAUAUUGAUAACACGUUGUAAAUAAAACACUUGUUAUAUUUCA